AUGGUCAUUCAAAUUAUUCAAAUUACUCAAGUUCAAUCAUUCGAGCGUCUUUCAUUCACUCAUGUUACAGUACAUGUCAUUUCAAGAUUACAAAACAAAGCUACAAAGGCCCUAUUGAAACUUAGGGGCAUUAAUUAUAAAUGGCAUGAGUUUUUAAAUAACAGCAACAAAGUUGUAGUUGUUAUGCUAUGGUUACCUGUUGUGCUGAUAUACUUCAUGGAUUUGCAAAUAUGGUAUUCGAUUAUCUCUGCCGUUGUUGGUGGUACGAUUGGUUUGUUUUCACAUUUGGGUGAAAUUCAGAAUAUCUCACAACUAAGGCUUCAGUUCCAGUUCUUUGCCAGUGCAAUGCAGUUCAAUCUAAUGCCAAAGGAGAAGCUACUAAGUCAGCAGGCAACGUUGCUGAGGAAGUUUCGCGAUGCCAUCCAUCGGUUGAAAUUACGAUACGGACUUGGUAAACCCUUCACAAAAAAUGAAUCAAGCCAAGUGGACGCCACCAGGUAUGCUUUAAUAUGGAAUGAGGUUAUCAUAACUUUCAGGGAGGAAGAUAUCCUUAGUGAUCGAGAACUAGAACUCUUAGAACUGCCACCAAAUUGCUGGAAAAUUAGGGUAAUUCGAUGGCCGUGUUUCCUUCUAUGCAAUGAGCUACUACUUGCUCUCACUCAGGCAAAAGAGCUGGAAAAUGAGUCUGACACAUCACUUUGGUUGAGGAUAUGCAAGAGUGAGUAUCGCCGGCCAGAUCAUAUAGCAGCAGUUGCUUCCCUCCGGUCAGGAAUUCCAGUUCAGCAGCUCACUGCUGAUGAAAGUAGUCUUCUGUUGGAUCUUGAUAAUAAACUUCGGGAACGGGUGAUUGGACAAGAGGAUGCUGUUUCUGCCAUUUCUAGAGCUAUGAAGAGAUGCCGGGUUGGCCUUAAAGAUCCCAGUAGACUCAUAACAACUUUGCUAUUCUGUGGUCCAACUGGAGUUGGGAAAACUGAACUUGCAAAAUCUUUGGCGGCAUGCUAUUUUGGAUCAGAGAGGAACAUGAUACAGUUAGACAUGAGUGAAUAUAUGGAACGCCAUUCAGUGAGCAAGUUGAUAGGAUCUUCCCCGGGUUAUGUUGGUUAUGGAGAAGGAGCAUUCGAGCUGCCUCAGCAGCCUCAGCAUUUGGUCAAUGACGAUGGUUUCAAUCAGUCUCAGUUGUCUUCCAAUCUAGAAAACCAAGUGAAGAUAGAGCCUGGAAUUGAACACGAUAAAGAAGUGCUCAAUUCUCAUGUUCCUGAACAGUUCCAUAUGUCUGAGAUGCAGAAUCAGUUCCAGCAAAAUUCCUCUGAAGAUUGUUCUAGGAGUGCUCAAUACCUUUCCUUUCCAUCUGGUCAGCACGAUUUAUCGUCAUCAGCACUUCAAAAUUUGCAACAAAUGUUGCAUCCACACCAAUUAGUUGCAGAAUAUCAAAAUAAGUUCAGCUGUCUUAUAGUUGGUGCACAAUCCAAUUCUAAACCAGUAGUUCUAAACCAAUGGCCUGACUCACAAGAUGGUAACCACAUGUCUAACAAUAUUUCACACGACCAGCAUCUCCAUGUGCAUUUUCAUCAAAGAAUAUCAGGAAAGGAUGAAGCUCAUUGCAAUAACUUAUCAUCAGAUGUAUCUAUGAGCCAAGCUGUUGCUCCUAGAGGCGCAGCUGAUCCACCAGACUCAGGAAGUGAUCUCAAAAAUGCGCACAAAAAUCAACAAAGGUGGCUCUUAUUUCUACUUCAUGCGCGACGAUGUUCUGCUCCUGAAGGACGAUGCCAAGAACACUGUUGUUCUAGUGCACAGAAUUUAUGCAAGCACAUAGAUGGAUGCACCCUAGGUCGUCAUUGUCCAUACCCGCAUUGUCAUCAUCAUAGGGUAUUGCUUCGUCAUUUCAUGCACUGCAAGGAUCCGUGUUGCCCUGUUUAUGUUUUUGUAAGAAAUUACCGACGCGCAUUUCAACUUAAAGCUCAGAUUCAGCCAGAAUCUCAAUCAAGUUUGCCAAGUGUGGUAAAUGGAUCGUGUAAAUCUUACAAUAUUACAGCUAUGUCAUCCAGAUUGAUCUCAAAUCCUACAUUAGUUGUGGAAACUUCAGAAGGCUUGCACCCAUCUCUAAAACGCAUAAAAACUGAGCUGCACACUAAUACAAACGCUAGCAAUCAACACAAGACUAAGCUUGGUGGGAAAGCUAAAACUUCAAAACGGCAAUUUAUCUAA